GCUGUUCGCUGCCAAGUGCAGCGGCUGCAUGGAGAAGAUCGCCCCGACGGAGUUUGUGAUGCGAGCCCUGGAGUGCGUGUACCACCUGAGCUGCUUCUGCUGCUGCGUGUGCGAGCGCCAGCUGCGGAAAGGGGACGAGUUUGUCCUCAAGGAAGGGCAGCUGCUCUGCAAAAGUGACUAUGAGAAAGAGAAAGACUUGUUGAGCUCGGUCAGCCCAGACGACUCAGACUCAGUUAAAAGUGAUGAUGAGGAUGGAGAUGUUAAGCCCACCAAAGGACAAGUAACCCAAGGAAAAGGAAGUGAUGAUGGGAAAGACCCAAGAAGACCUAAACGACCCAGGACAAUACUUACCACACAGCAGAGACGAGCAUUCAAAGCAUCCUUUGAAGUGUCUUCCAAGCCCUGUAGGAAGGUGAGAGAAACUCUGGCAGCUGAAACAGGGCUCAGCGUGCGAGUCGUCCAGGUCUGGUUUCAAAACCAAAGAGCAAAGAUGAAAAAACUAGCACGAAGGCAUCAGCAGCAGCAGGAGCAACAGAAUUCACAGCGACUAGGACAAGAAGUAAUGUCCAACCGAAUGGAAGGGAUGAUGACAUCUUACACACCACUGGCACCACCACAGCAGCAGAUUGUAGCAAUGGAGCAAAGCAGUUAUGGCACAGACCCAUUUCAGCAGGGUCUGACUCCUCCGCAAAUGCCAGGAGACCACAUGAACCCCUAUGGGAACGACUCCAUUUUUCAUGAUAUCGACAGUGAUACCUCUUUAACUAGCUUGAGCGACUGUUUUCUUGCCUCUUCCGAAGUUAACUCCAUGCAGGCUAGAGUAGGAAACCCCAUUGACAGGCUGUACUCUAUGCAGAGCUCCUAUUUCGCCUCAUGAAAGGAAAGAAAACGAGCGGCCGGCGUGUUUAGCCAGUGACUUUCAGUGCAGACUCUACAGCCAUAUGUUGCCCAGCUCUUCCUCCACAGUGACUCUGCUGCCUCUGAACUGCAAAGAGCGUAUUUUUAGGAAGACUGUUUCUGUUUGCAUAUAUGUGUACGUGUGUAUAUCUAUUUUAAUACCUACACACAUACAUAUAUAGUGAAACAAAAUGCAUCCACCAGUCCCAUCCCCUUGGUU